AUGAGUUACUACAACAGCUCUGAGCUCCUGGUCCCAGGCAGCGCUGGCCAGCUGGUCCUGCAGCCCCUCUGGGACCGACUGAAGACCUGGGAGGCGCUCACCGGAUCGCCCUUUUUCCCGGUCUUCUUUUCGAUCAUCACCUACCUGGGCUUCUGCCUGCCUUUCGUGGUGCUGGACGUCCUGUGUCCCUGGGUGCCUGCGCUGAGACGCUACAAAAUCCACCCGGACUUUUCUCCCUCGGCGCUGCAGCUGCUCCCCUGCCUGGGACAGACGCUCUACCAGCACGUGGUGUUCGUGUUCCCCGCCACCCUGCUGCACUGGGCGCAGAGCCCCGCGCUGCUGCCGGCCAAAGCCCCAGAGCUGCUGCAGAUGCUGCGCCACAUCGUCUUCUGCCUGCUGCUCUUCGACACCGAGUUCUUCGUGUGGCACGUGUUGCACCACAGAGUGCCCUGGCUCUACCGCACCUUCCACAAAGUGCAUCACCAGAACGCAUCCUCCUUCGCGCUGGCCACGCAGUACAUGAGCGUCUGGGAGCUGUUUUCCUUGGGUUUCUUUGACAUGCUCAACACCAGGCUGCUUGACUGCCACCCGCUCACCAUCCUCAUCUUCCACGUGGUCAACAUCUGGCUGUCGGUGGAGGACCACUCAGGUUAUGACUUCCCGUGGUCCACCCAUCGACUGGUGCCUUUUGGGUGGUACGGAGGCGUGGCGCAUCACGAUCUCCAUCACUCUCACUUUAACUGCAACUACGCCCCUUACUUCACACACUGGGACAAAUUACUGGGUACUCUGAAGCGGGCCCCUCUCCCUGCAUGGCUGAGUGGCUGUGGGGGGAGCCCCUCAGACUCCGGACCGCUGUGCAGUUCACACUUGAGUCAGGAGAAACAUACCUGAGCUGGGUGUUUGUUUGUUUGUUUUAAAGCAAAUAACUUAUUAACUGAUGAAGCUGUUCUAGAUGAAAUGUAUUUUUGCAAUCUGACAAAGUAAUUUAUAGAAUGUAUUUUAUUAUGAUUGUAUCUUUGGUGUCAAAAUCUAGCUCACCUCAAAGCCUUGACUCUUGGACAUAAUUAGACAUUCAUCACUGGCCCAUGUGAAUCAUCUGUAAAAGGAUUUGUUUGUAGAACAAGGGUUUUCUAUGUCUGAAAAUGGCCAUAAAUGGUGAUACAUGGACAUCUUUUGUGGAGGAUCUAACUUUUAACUCUAAAAAUCCAGAUAUGUUCCUGCUGGACAGUGAUCAAGAUUAUUAUAUUGUUUUCUAUUUUUUUAAUAGAGAUGCAUAUUUAUAUUGUAAGAAAUACCAUUUGUGCUGUUAAAAUGAGGAAAAAUGAAAGAAAUCAUGCAUCAAACAAG